UGCGUAAGGAAACCCUGGCCAUCAUGCUAACCCCAAUCUCUCCUUCAGUUCUUUCAUCAUUUUAGCUCUGCUCGCUGCUGCUGCUAACAGUUGCCUCUCUCUUUUAUCUCUUCAAGAAAUCUAAUCUCACAAGAUGAAUAGAGAGAAGCUUAUGAAGAUGGCUGGUUCUGUUCGAACCGGUGGCAAGGGAACCAUGAGAAGAAAGAAGAAGGCAGUGCACAAGCCAUCAACAACUGAUGACAAGAAGCUGCAAAGUACUUUGAAGAGAAUUGGGGUUAAUACAAUUCCAGCUAUUGAAGAAGUGAACAUCUUCAAGGAUGAUUUGGUUAUUCAGUUUGUUAAUCCUAAAGUUCAAGCCUCUAUUCCUGCUAACACUUGGGUUAUUUCUGGCACUCCUCAAACCAGAAAACUGCAAGAUAUUCUUCCAGGAAUCAUCGACCAACUUGGGCCAGAUAACUUGGACAACCUUAGGAAGAUAGCAGAACAGUUUCAGAAGGAGAUGCCAGCUGGUGAGGCAGGUGCUGCACAAGAAGAUGAUGAUGUCCCAGAUCUUGUGGCUGGUGAGACCUUUGAAGCUGUUGCUGAAGAGGGUCAGAAGUAGUCGGGCUUUAAGUGAUCUGUUUUGGGUUUUUUUUUGUACUGGACCAACUUCUACCCAGGCUUCCCUUCUCGUUUAUGGUCUUUUUACAGUUUUGUAGCGGUUCAUGAACAGCUUGUGACAGGGAAAACAAAUAUGUUGUGAAACCAGAUGAUGUUGAUGUCUAAGAUCUUGACAAGAAAUUUUAAAUCUUUGGUCCAUGUUGUGCGUGCUCUUGUAUUCCAUUUUAGAGGGAUAUCAGAUAUCUCAAGUUUCAAGAAUAAAUUGACCAAAGUAUUGUUUCCUA